GUACAAUUGCAUUUGCUCUGUUUUUGUGUAUUGUUAUGUACCACCACCCCAUCACACACCAUCAUAUCAUAUGCAUUGCUAUUGUUUUUCAUGGCCCCCAUUGCUCUUCACUCCUACCACCUAUGAACCAUAAUAAUAACAAUAUUAAUAUUACUCCACCAUUACGCCGCCUCUCCUCUUGAUCUCGCCACCACACUCCCACCACAUUUCAAGAUUUCACAUCAAAAUCCCUCAAUUAUUUUUAAUAAUUCUCCACUGGUAUAGAACAAGUACUUGCACAUCUUGUAAAAUGCCUGAGCGAGCUCAUGAACUGGAAUAUGAUGAAUUUGAUAAGCUUCUUGGUGAGAUACCACGAGCUACCGUGACCGCCAACACCGAAGAAUAUGGAAGCUUUCCGUCUUCGAAGAACCCGAAAAAUCUCUACACACCUCCUGAAAAUGGUACAUUUCUUGAUACAUUAAGUGAUGAAAAGUUAUCAAUGAAAAGGGUCCAAUUCAUUGAAGGAAAUCUUCUGAAUGACCGAUCAUUCGCGUCGGUUUUUCAAGACUUGAGCAUCAAAGAUGGGCCAAUCAUGCUAUCUCCAACCGCGCCUUUGGUUAAUCCUCCAACGCCCUUCAAUGGGGUCGAGUUUAACGGGCAACAACUUGUCGCGAUCCCUAUGAUCCCGAAUAUGAAUCAACAACAGUUGUUUUAUCAUCCUUCGCAACACAAACCCGAGCCUCAUUUAACUUGGAGGAAUCUUGAAAAUGAACAAGAGUAUCAUCAUCAACUUCAUAUGCACCAGUUUUGUAAGAAUCUGCAUAUGGACAGUCAGCAGGCUGCACCACCUUCGCUGACUCGGUUCAUGACUCAUGCUAAUGGAAUGCAUGGCUCAAACCAAAAGGUCCCCGAAAGGAUACUCACAAGGUCGCGUGCAGGGAUGACCCGUGACCGUGACCCUCUUGGGUCCCUAAAAUUUGGUAGCUUUGAGCGAAAAGAUCCUGUUUCGAGUGUCGUGAAGCAGCCGUCGCAGAAAUCUGAUGAUCUUGGAGAGAGGAUAUAUUGCAUGGCGAAAGAUCAACAAGGAUGUCGUUCCUUGCAGAAGAAGUUUUCUGAAGGAACUAGAGAAGAUUUGGAGAACAUUUUCCGCGAGGUUAUAGUGCAUAUUAUUGAGCUAAUGACAGACCCUUUCGGAAACUAUCUUGUUCAGAAGCUUCUUGACGUGUGUGACAAGCAUCAACAUAUGCAGAUCCUUCGUGUUAUUACUCGAAAGCCUGGAGAUCUUGUUAGGAUCUCGUGUGAUAUGCAUGGGACUCGCGCUGUUCAAAAGGUCGUUGAAACUCUUAAGACGCGUGAACAGUGUUCUAUGGUUGUUUCGGCUUUGAAGCCCGGUAUCAUUGGCUUGAUGAAGAACAUGAAUGGCAAUCAUGUGGCACAGCGGUUCUUGCAGUACCUAAAACCCGAAUUCAAUGAGUUUCUUUUUGAAGCCGCAACUAUGAAAUGCAUGGAACUGGCAACAGACCGACACGGGUGCUGUGUGCUUCAGAAAUGUCUGAGCCAUUCUGAUGGUGAACCACGAAGGCGUUUGGUUCGUGAGAUCACUUCAAACGCUCUAAUUCUUUCACAAGAUCCAUACGGAAACUAUGUUGUACAAUAUGUGUUUGAGCUUCAAGUUCCGUGGGCAACAUCAGCCAUUCUUGAUCAACUGGAGGGUAACUAUGGGGACCUCGCUAUGCAGAAAUACAGUAGUAAUGUUGUUGAAAAAUGCCUGAAAUACGCGCGAGAAGAGUGCCGUGUUUGUAUUGUUAACGAGCUGAUGAAUAAUCCUCGUUUAGAUCAAAUCAUGCAGGAUCCUUAUGGAAACUAUGUCAUCCAGGCCGCACUUCGUUCUUCAAAGGGAGCUCUGCGCGAGGCGUUAGUCGAGGCAAUAAAGCCCCAUGUCCCCACGCUACGCACAAGCCCGUAUGGCAAAAAGGUUCUGUCAAGUAAUGGCCUCAAAAAAUAAGCUAAUUUGGUUCAAGAUUUUGUUUCUAGUUAAGGCGAUCGUUUGUUUUUAGAAAUAAAGGUUUUAAAAGCUUCUACCGGCCAUUAGCGGCUAAUUGUGUUUGUGCAAGAGACUAGGUCAGGAGUAACUUACUCCUCGUGUCAAAUUAUGGCGUGGGUGGGUUCUUGAUACGCGAAGGCUUUGGCCAUCCGUUUUUGUGGUUUGUUGUUCAACUAGAAGUAGUUGUUAAGGUUUUUUGGUGCAAUUAAGGAUAAAUCGGCUUUCUAACCGUGUAUGCAGGGUAUGCAUACACAAGCCGACGUGCUCGUUUGAGCGCGCAUUUGGAGUUUUAUUUGUCGUAUUUUUGUAGAACUAUAACAUUAAGAGGUGUUAUUCUUUGAAUAAUAUAUAAAUUUGCAUUCAUAAGCAUUAAAGUAA